AUGCUGUCCGUCCUUUACGGAGUGAUGGAUUGCUCCGACCAGAGUGCUCACAAGAUCCAAAACCUGCAGAAAAUCAGAACAGGCAAACUGCUCGAGGCUAUUUUCAGUGUUUAUGAGAACCAUGAGGUGUUGAAAGCUGAUGGGAAUUCAGCAGAACGCCAGGUCGAGAAGGCUGAGAAGCUGCUGAAGAGCAAGGGUGAGGCAGGAGACACACAGGCCAGCUUCCUGUUAGGACAGCUCUACUAAGAGGAGGGUCACUAUACAGAAGCUGAGGCUGUAUUUGAUGAGAUUAAAGAUAGAGAACUUCAUGCUCUCUACCAGCUGGCUGUUAAGUACAAUGAUGGAUUUGGUACCACAGCAGACCCUAGCAAAGCAGUGGACUAUAUGAGAAGAAUAGCUGAAUGUGGCACACGUAGUGUCAAAUAUGCAGCUUUGUACAACCUGGGCAGAGCCUACCUGCAGGGUUAUGGAGUGCAGGCUUCCAGAGAAGAGGCAGAGAGGUACUGGCUCAUCACAGCAGACAAUGAAAACCUCACUGCCAGUGUGGAAGCUCAGUCUUCUCUUGGCUUGUUCUAUUCCAGUCCUGAAAUACAGGAUCUCAAAAGGGCUUUCUAUUGGCAUUCUGAGCCUUGUGGUAAUGGCAACCUGGAGUCCCAGGGGGCACUGGGGAUCAAGUACCUAUAUGGAUACGGUGUGUCUAAGGACCUGAUGGCUGCUUUUUAUUGCCUUACAGAGGCUGCAGCGAGGGGGAACAUUUAUGCCCAGGGUCAUCUUGCAGCUUACUACUACCAGCACAAACUCUAUACCAGAGCAGCACUUUUGGCUAAAAGGGUGUGCAAAUAUGAAGACGUUAGUGCUGUAGCGCAUUUCAUAGGCUGCGACCCCGAGUAUAUUUCUAAAGGCAUAACUAUAGGUCUGUUCUACUACGCUGGCUGCCUCCAACUCAGCCGAGGAGUAGCACAGAACAGCACUAUUACACGGGUCAGCCACAAUCAGAUGUACCUACUUGUUUGA